UUCAGAAGUAGAUGGACAAAUAUCAUCCAGAGGGAAUGUAACUUUCUCAUUUCUUUAGAGUCCAAAAUAAAAAAAAAUGCUGUUGAAUCUCUGACAAAUUUGAAAAUCGUGCGAACUCUUAGUUCUUUGGGGCGGCCUGUCUUGCCUGGUCCUCCUCCUGUUGCUUUUGGACGUGUUCGCGCGGAGGCGCGCAUCCCCGGAGCACGGUCCAUGUCCGUUAACCUGGAGCGCGAGCGCAGCUCAACGGUGAAACUAAUAUCCCCGAGGGCAAGGGAGAGAAAAUCGAAAUACAUGCAAACUCAAGCUUAUGCCAAAAGGUGCGAAUCCUGACUGGGAGCGUGAUCCUUCUGCAAAUUAUAAAUAUAUGCACGCUCAUACAUAGAGUACAAGUGGCUGGAGAAUUGAAAGUGCAUGCCCGGGUUGCAGUGAAGGGCCAGCUCCUUGCAAAAUCCCUCGGUGUUUUGCAGCUUCUUUCUGACAGAUUGCAGCCGCUCACCUGGGGAUCAGAGGCUGACACGGGACAUUGCACCCCCCCACGUCCCUGGAAGGGGCGGGGGUGGUGCUGCUGACGCCCCGAGAGCUGUAGCCUUCCUUAUUUUUCCAUGAAGCCCGCAACUUUGCGCCUGGGGCUCGGCAAACAUGAGUGAAGAGCGGUCGAGUUCCUCGGGCUGUGCCGGGGGCAGAGGGCGAGAGCGGGAGAAACUUCCAGUCAUCGUGACGGCGUCGCCAAGCUCCGAGACGCCCGCGGCAGCAUUCGCGGGAUCUGAAAGAGCACCCAAAGUCCACUUUCCAACUUUUUGCAGCUUUAUCUCCACCAUCAACCAGAAGCAGGAAACUAUUGCUGGCAUCAGUUCUCCCUCAAAACCUGCCUUGCCUAAUGCCAAACAUGUGCGAGACCUGCCACCCAUUAAUCCAGUUGUACGUCAAAAACAACGCAUCUCAAUAGAAAUUUUGCCUCCUGAAAUGAAAGCGCCCAUCCCUCCUGAACCUGCAGUUCCUCUUCGGACCAAAACUGUGGAGGAAUUUCUAGAAGAUGUAGAAAACGCCAAGAUUUCAGGAGAUUGGACAAUUAUACAUGACUUUUAUUCAACAACAUUUGAUUCUUUCCAGCAAAUUAAUGCAGCUUUCAAGCGAAGUGCUAGUGCACCUUUCAACACAAUAGAUGAUCCAGGCAUUAAUGUUAAAUUAACAAACAGUGUCUAUGACAUCUUACUGAACACACCUCAAGACAUCCAAAAAACAGUUCUGAAAGGUAUUAUUAAUAGUCUACUGAAGGAAUGGAAAGGACCACGGACAAAAGAUGAUCUGCGAGCUUAUUUUUUACUUGUGCAGAACCCUCAGUUUACGAACACAUCAACAUACGUCAUCUACGCUCAUUUAUUACGACAGACCGCCACUUUGUCUGAAGCGGACCAUCACUUUCUAGUCCACUGGUUUCAAAAAUUGCCCUUAAGGAGAUUUAAGCAAUUGGUAGAGUCAUUACUGCAGUUCAUAUCUUUACGCCUGUUUCCGGCAAAACCAGAUGACCUACCACCAAUGGCAAAGUGUACUUGGUGGAUUCCUUCAGCAACAAGAGUCUUGGCUUUGCUCAAUGCAGCUAACAGUCUGGCAAAUCCUCCAAUUAUUCCUUUCACUGAUUUCUAUAACUCUACCUUGGAUCAUAUCGACCUCGUGGAGGAGUAUCGUAUCUGGCAGUGUUAUGGAAAUUCUCAUAGGUUUUCCUUCUGCCAGUUUCCUUUCAUUCUCUCCUUAACAGCGAAGAAAAUUAUUAUUCAGAGAGACUCUGAACAGCAGAUGAUUACAGUAGCUAGGCAAAGCUUGGUUGAUAAAGUUUCUCGUAGACAGAAGCCAGACAUGAACAUGCUUUUCCUAAAUGUUAAAGUGAGACGUGUGCAUCUGGUUAACGAUUCACUGGAUGAGUUAACGAGGAAAAGGGCAGAUUUAAAAAAGAAAUUGAAAGUCACCUUUGAUGGAGAAGCCGGAUUAGAUAUGGGCGGUCUUACCAAAGAGUGGUUUCUUCUGCUCAUUCGUCAAAUCUUCCAACCUGAUUAUGGAAUGUUUACAUAUCAAUGGGAUUCACGGUUUUAUUGGUUCAGUAGCCUUAAAUGUGAAAGCUACUCUGAAUUUCGAUUAGUCGGAGCUUUGAUGGGUCUGGCUGUGUAUAAUAGUAUCACCCUGGACGUUCAGUUUCCACCCUGCUGCUAUAAGAAGCUGCUGAGUCCUCCUGUUGUUCCAUCCCAUCAGAAUGCUACUGUUGGAGUAGCAUCACUUACACUUGAUGACCUGCGCCAACUUAUGCCAGACUUGGCUCAUGGACUUACAGCACUUAUAAAUUAUGAAGGCAAUAUUGAAGACGACUUUUGUUCCACAUUUCAAAUAUUUCAGGAAGAAUUUGGAAUUAUAAAAUCACGUAACCUCAAACCAGGUGGUGACAAAAUCCCAGUAACCAAUCAGAACAGACAAGAAUAUGUGCAGCUCUAUAUUGAUUUUCUUCUCAACAAGUCCAUAUAUAAACAGUUUGCAGCAUUUUAUUAUGGGUUUCAUAGUGUAUGUGCCUCCAAUGCUUUAAUGCUACUGCUCCCAGAAGAAGUGGAAAUUCUUGUGUGUGGGAGCCCUGAGCUGGACAUUUAUGCACUGCAGAAGAUUACACAGUAUGAGGGUUAUUCCAAGAUGGACCCCACGAUACGGUACUUCUGGGAUGUGGUUUUAGGAUUCAGUCUUGAGUUCCAGAAACAACUUCUGCAUUUUACUACAGGAAGUGAUAGAGUUCCAGUUGGUGGACUCGCUGAUCUUAGUUUUAAAAUUACAAAGAUUGAUGUGCCCACUGAUUGGUUACCAGUUGCCCACACAUGUUUUAAUCAACUCUGCCUGCCUCCGUACAAGAAUAAGAAAGAACUUAAACAGAAGUUAACAAUUGCUAUUUCAAAUGCAGAGGGGUUUGGUCUGGAAUAAUAAGAAAACAAUUCUAUCACAACAUCUAUAUAGAGCUUUCAAUGUAGAAAAGUAACAUAAGAUCAGUGCAAUAUAUUUGCAGGAAAUGGUGUUUAUACUCAAUGCACCUGCAUUUUAGGGUUGUUUUAUUUAGUUUAGCUUUUUCCAAGCGAACCUCCCUUUAUGGGUGAGCUGUAGAGAUCAAAACAAAAAGUGAUUGCGUGCUGUAGGAUACUGUGAUGUUGAGGUUGGUUGGCUCGCCGAGCUUGUUUGUUUGUUCCGCAGACGUUUCGUUACCAUGCUUGGUAACAUCCUCAGUGCAGCCUCUGAUG